UCGACUGUCCCUUUUCUACACUGAGAGCAUGUUUGGUAUGGGCUUUUUAUGGGGUUAGUAACGGAAUCGGGCUACCGUUUCCGUUAGAAGAUGUUUGGUUAAAGAGUUAAGUAAUAGAAACCGUUUCCUUCCUCUAACCCAUUCCAUUACUUUGUUUCCACUGUAAAACUUGGGGAAACAAAUCCCGUUUCUUUCCUCUAUCUAUUCUCUCUCCUCUCAUACAAUAGAUCUCCCCACAAUCCUCAACUUUGAUCGAUCGAAGCCACAAAUUCGCUGAAGAAUUCUAAAUUUCGUACUUCAAAUUUCCAGAAAUCAACAAACUCAAGGUUUCUACAAUGCCCCGACUUAUGCGUUCCAUAAGGAAGAAAAAGCUAAAACAAAUACAACUAGUUAUUUCAAUGGUUAUUAUUAUUUUGAUGAUGUAUUGGAUGUGGCAUAUGAUGUGUGUUGUUACAAUAAGGGGUGUUCAAUUAAAAGAAAGGAAAAGAAACAAAAAAUUGCUACGAAUGUUAGUUUUGAGAGGGCUUUAUAGAGAGAGUGAUGUGAAAUGCAAGAGUGAGCUUCGCGUUAAUAGAAGAACUUUCAAUAUUAUUUGUGAGAUGCUUAGAGACAUUGGGGGUUUAAGUGGAACAAAAAACAUGUCGCUUCAAGAGAUCGUAGCCAUGUUUUUAUACACGUUAGCUCACCAUAAGAAGAAUAGAUCUAUUGGACAAUAUUUCUUUAGAAGUGGAGAAACCGUGAGCCGGCAAUUUCACCUUUGUUUAAGGGCUUUUCUCAAGUUGCAUGAAGUACUACUUUACAAUCCCACGCCAAUAUCGGAUGAUUGUGAAGAUGAAAGGUGGAAAUCUUUCAAGAAUUGUUUAGGGGCAUUAGAUGGGACUUACAUUAAUGUAAAUGUGCCUUCACAAGAACGACCAAAGUAUAGAACAAGAAAAGGAACAAUUGCUAUGAAUGUAUUGGGUGUUUGUGCACCGAAUAUGCAAUUUAUUUAUGUUCUUCCUGGUUGGGAAGGUUCGGCCCAUGAUAUGCGUGUACUUCGCAAAUGCUCUCUCUAGACCAAACGGUUUUAGGGUACCUCGAGGUAAGUGAAGCUCAUCAUUCUUUUGUGAGUGUAUAAGUUUUGUUAGUUUUGGUAGGUAGUAAUCCGUUUCUUUAAUAACUUUGAAGGUAAUUAUUAUUUGGUUGAUGCGGGAUAUACGAAUUGUGAGGGAUUUCUUGCUCCAUAUAGAGGUCAAAGAUACCAUUUAAAAGAAUGGACGGAUCAACAACCCGAAAGUGCCGAGGAGUUCUAUAACAUGAAACAUGCUAGGGCGCGAAAUGUCAUUGAGAGAUGUUUUGGCCUGCUUAAAGGAAGAUGGAGUAUUCUUAGAAGUCCUUCAUUUUUUCCUAUUAGAACUCAUGGGCGUAUCGUGAUGGCUUGUUGCUUAUUGCAUAAUCUAAUUAGAAAAUUCAUGCCUACGGAUGAUAUAAACGAAGAUGAAUUGAAUGAAUCCGAUGAUGAUUCCGAAAGUGAUUCCGAUGAUGAAAGGGAAUUUAUUACAAGUGUUGCUACUUCGGAUCAUUGGACCAAUUUUAGAAAUAAAUUAGCCCAAGAUAUGUUUAAUGAUUGGAGAACGAGAGGUAGACACGGUCAAUAGCAAACAAUGUAUGCUUUUUCUUUAAUAUAUGUUUCUUCAUAUAUCUGCUUGUGGCAUUUUAUUUUAGAUUAUUUUUGUUUAAUAAGCUUACCAUUAGCAUAUUGUACUCUGAAAUUGGAAUUAUGCCUGUUUUAUUAUCCUGCCUCUUAAUUUGUUUGCUCAUGAAUUGUGCCUUGAUUUGUUCUGUGUCAAGGGGAUGUUCUAUUUUUUUGAAUUGAUUUUGAGUGUUUUUCUUUUUGGAUGGGAUGCUGAAAAGAAAUUGUUGCAAGUAGACAAGGCCGUGUACGAUGAAUGGGUGAAGACUCAUAAGAAAGCUAAGGGGUUGUAUGGAGUUCCAUUCGUUCAUUAUGAAACUCUAGCAGAAAUAUAUGCAAAAGACAAAGCUACCGGAGAUGUAAGUGAGUCAUUCGUUGAUGCCAUAGAAGGUAUUGAUCAAGAGAUUGAUAAGCAACCAUUGAUUGUCGAGAGUGAUGAAGAAGAUGAUGUGAAUUCUACUAAUUCGGACACUUAUUCUUCUACAAGUCAAUCCGGAAAACGCCCCGUGAAGAUAGAGGAUGAUCAUAUAACUCCUUCAAAAAUGGCAAAACGCUCUAUAAAGGCAAAGGAGGUUAAGGUGAAAGGAAAGAACAAGGUAAAUUUGAAGAGUUUGUAUAGGAAUGAUGAUGAUGAUUUGGUGGCCUCUCUCCAUGAUGUUUCCAACAAUUUUGGGAAGAUAUUUGAAAAUAUCAAUGUUAAUCUCGGGACUAUGGCUAGUGCAUGGUCUAAAGCGGAAGAAAGGGAGCAAAGGAUGGAUGAAAAGGUGAACAAGGUAUUGGAUGAGGUGAUGAAGUUAGAUGGCAUUUCUCCAUCCGAAACUUUAGAGGUUGCUACUAUUCUCAUGGCGGAAGAACAUAAGCUUCGUAUCUUCUAUCAAGCACCAUUUAACAUGAAAAAACAAUAUGCAAUUGAUCUUCUUAAGAAGAAGUAGCAUUUGAUUGUUGUCAUGUCUUUGUUUUUUUGUUGAACAUUUGCAACUUGAGCAAUACAAGUUAUGUGUUGGGAUUAUUCAUAUAAUGAUGGACAUAUUAUUAGUCAAUGUUUGGAUAAUUAAUGAGUGCCAACUUUGCUUUGUAUAUAUAUAUUGUUUUUUUAACCGUAAAAUAUGUAGCAUAGACAAUAUUUUUUAUCUAGGUUAUUUUUUUAUUUUUUUACCCGUAAAAUAUGAGCAUAGACAAUAUUGUAUUAUUCAUUCUUAUUUUUCGUUUCCGUUUGUUAUACCAAACAAAAGGAAACGGAAUGGUGAUAAUUGUUUCCGUUUCCUUUGAUGUACCAAACAACUACUAAGGGUAACACUAUUUGUUACCCUUUCCCCUCCUAAUUUAUUUCCAUUCCGUUUCCUACAUUAACUCCAUACCAAACACCCCCUGAGUAUUUUUGCGACUACUCUGAAUUCUCCAUUGAAGCGGAUUGUAAGCUUUCUCUGCUCCAUUGAACAGUAGCAUUGGUGAGUUUAUAUUUGAAACUUGAAAUUCUGUUGCAAAUUCAGUUUUUGCAAAGAAAUGAAAACGACAGUGAAGCGAAUCUGCAUCCAUGCUCAUCUCAUAAACCCACAGCCCAUAUCAGAAUUCCUGGAAAAAGCAGCUAGAUUCAUAAGUUAUGUGCCAACCCAAAAACAAGAACAGAGGGUUGAAGAAGUAAACUUGGACAGUGAAAGCAUAUUGAACAAGACAUACUGGACAAGAAAAAUUCAUAAGCUAUGUGCUAUUGAUGGAAAUGUUGAUGAGGCACUUUGUCUCUUGGACAGCAUCCGUGUCCGAGGCUACUAUCCUGAUUCUCUAAAUCUCAGCAGUAUAAUUCAUGCCCUUUGUCGGUCUAAGCGUUAUGCCGAGGCUCACCAGCGCUUCCUCUUCUUCAUUGCCUCUCAAUGUAUUCCGGAUGUGCGUACUUGCAAUGUCCUCAUUGCUAAAUUACUUGAUUCUCGAACCCCACACAUUACAUUUGAUUUGGUUUGCAGUUUGAUAAAAGAAAACCCUGAGUUUGUUCCAUCUUUGAGCAAUUAUAACCGUUUGAUUGAUCAGUUUUGCAAGUCAUCCGAGCCUCAUGUAGCUCAUAGAGUGUUGUUUGACAUGGUUCACAGGGGGCAUUGUCCAACUGUUGUUUCCUACACUACUUUGAUUAACGGGUAUUGUAAAUAUGGGGAGAUGGGUUCUGCAUUUAAGCUCUUUAACGAAAUGUUUGAGAACAAUGUAGUGCCUAAUUCUCUGACUUUUAGUGUUUUGCUUGGUGGAGUUUUGGGGAGUGGUGAUACACAGCGUGGGAAGGAAUUGAUUAUUAAGCUUUGGGAGCAGAUGAAAAAUGUCAUCAAUCCAUCUGUUAAUUGUGCAGCAUUUGCCAACCUUAUGGAUAGCUUGUGUAGGGAAGGAUUAUUUCAUGAAGUUUUCCAAAUUGCUGAAGAUAUGCCGCAAGGUAGAAGUGUUCCUGAGGAAUUUGUUUAUGCUCAGAUGGUAGAUUCUCUUUGCAGAGUUGGUAGGCAUCAUGGAGCUUCAAGGAUAGCAUAUAUAAUGAAAAAAAGAGGGUUUACACCAAGCAAGACGGCAUAUAAUUCUAUAAUCCACGGAUUAAGCAAGGAGGGGGGAUGUAUGAGGGCUUUUCAGCUGUUUCAAGAAGGAAUUGUAUUUGGCUAUGUGCCAUCUGAAUAUACAUACAAGAUCUUGGUAGAAAGUCUUUGUCUAGAGGGUGAUGUACCCAAGGCAAAGGAAGUUCUGCAAUCCGUUCUCAAGCUGAGAAAUGUGGACCAAACUAGAAUCUAUAAUAUAUAUAUUAGAGCUCUAUGUCUUAUCAACAAUGCAACAGAGCUCCUAAAUACACUUGUUUUUAUGCUGCAGGCACAAUGUAAGCCUGAUGUGAUCACCCUUAAUACUGUUACUAAUGGUUUAUGUAAAAUGGGAAGGAUCCAAGAUGCAAUGGAAAUAUUUUAUGACAUGAUGCUGGGUAAAUUUUGUGCACCUGAUGCCAUAACUUUCACUGUUGUUAUUGGUGGAUUAUUGAAUGCUGGAAAAGUCAAAGAAGCUCUUGUUCUGUUGCAUGAGAAAAUGCCAGAAAGACAACUCAGGCCCAGUGUCGUGACCUAUAAUGCUGUUCUUCGAGGAUUAUUUAAUCUCAAGAAGGCUAAUGAAGCUAUGGAGAUCUAUAGAGCCAUGGUAGCCCAACGUUUAAAUGCUGAUAGCACCACUUAUAGUAUAGUUAUUGACGGGCUUUGUGAGGCUGGUCGCUUAGAUGACGCCAAAAGAUUUUGGGAUGAAGUAAUAUGGCCUUCCCAGAUUCAUGACAAUUUUGUUUAUGCUUCCAUAUUGAAAGGGCUUUGCCAGUGUGGUAGGUUGGAUGAGGCCUCCGACUUCUUAUAUGAGCUGGUAGAUUGUGGUGUAUCGCCUAAUAUUUACAAUUAUAACAUUUUAAUUGACUGCGCUUGUAAGUUGGGCUUGAAGAAGCAAGCUUACCAGAUCGUUGGGGAGAUGAGGAAGAAUGGGUUAUCUCCAGAUGCUGUCACUUGGAGGAUACUUGACAAGCUACAUAGGAACUUCCAUAUGGAAGAAAAAGAAGGCAAACAUCAACAUCCGAACGUAGAACCUUUAGAGGGCAGGGUUUCAGAAUUCAACAAUGUUGGCAGCAAUAUGGAAAUGUUAGGUUCCAUCCAACAAUUCCAGGCUUGUUUGCUAGUGGGAGUCUAGAUCAUGAAGUUCGGCUUUGGGUGCAAUUACAGCAGAAUUUAUUCGGUCAUGGGAUAUUUGGGGAACUGCUUGCAGUUGCUCAAUCAAGUGAUGGCGUGAUGCUGAAGUGUAUAUUCUGUUUUGGCUAGCUAUACAUAUGGCUAAUGACACUAUAAUGAAUGAGGAGAAUUGUCUAUCCCUACUGUUGUCCUGAAGACACGGCAUUCAUUACAUGCUUUUCACUUCCAUCUACAUGCUUCACCUUUUUUAUUGAUAGCUGAGGCAGGUCAAUGGCCUUGAUUCUUCGGAUUCAUCAAUGACACUUGCAACUUCUCAGGGUAACUAUGAUAUCCACCUUCAACUGUAUAUGUUGCUAAUGUUCAUGCUUCUGAUUGGUCUAGCUUAGCUUCCUCUCAUAUCCCUUCCCAUCCUGAUCUGGCCUGCGCUCUCCGGAAAUAAUGGAAGAAUAUCUUUUCAGCACUUAGAUGGAAAUGCAGGUUCAGGUAGUUUGAAGCAGAGGUUUGGUCCUUCGUCGGUGAGGUUGCUAAGCUCUUGUUUUCUCGCAUUGAAUCUAGUAACAUUUCUUCGGUUCCGAAUGAAAUACGGCCUGUGUCAGCUGAGGUGGAAAGCUAUUGCUCCCGAGUUUGCUGUUGAUGUUAUGGAAUCAUCUGAUGUACUGCCUGAAGAAAGAAAUACUCGGUUUUUCCCUGUUGGAGACCCUGCAUAUUAGGAUCUACCUUUUUGCAAGUAUGGUUAGUUGGUCAUAACCAAACUGGACAAUGCAUGAUAUGUCCUGUAAAUUCUAGUUCGCAACUCGCAAGAACCUUCUUCUGCGCAAAGUGGGAUGUCAAUUCAGGAUCUGGUGGCUUUGUCAGCCAUGCAAAAAGGUACGUCAUAUACACGGGGUACCAGUCAAUCCAAUUCUUGGCAUCAUUCAUCACGUUCUUGAGCAGCAGCUAGUACUGCUGCAGCAGAAGCAACUGUUAUUCCACAGGAUGAAGUGACCCUCAUCCUGUCAUUAGUAGAGUUCAAUCACAUCAUUAGCAGCUGCCGCAUCAGCAGAGUUGCCGUUCACUGUGAAACUUAGAAUAUGACCAUAUGACAUAAAAAAUCUCUGUGCUCAUCUUGAUCCAGAGAAAUGUCGUUUGAUUAUUCCUCUUGCUAUCCUUUGCAGGUGAGCUAAUAUAUAGCUAUAUGCAUUUUCUACCUGCUAAACAAUUGUUUGUUAUGUGAGAUGGCCUUUUGCUUUCCUGCUGCUUGGGCUUCAUUGGUGAAGUUUUCGUAAAUUGGGAUUAAGCAAGAGUUAAAUGUUUUUUAAUUUAUGUAUAUUCAGUAUAUUGAUUUUUUGCAUCAAGUGACUGUUGCGCUCACUGUUUUUGCAGUGAAAUGGGUGCUAAUUUUUUUCCACAUGGCAAACUUUUGGCUGUUUGUGUUUCAUGUAUGUUGCUGCAGGCAAGUGUUACCUGGAAUUAAGAAGCAGGCUCACCAUGAUGCGUUAGGAGCUGCAACUUCACCCACAAGGCAUCCAAUUUCAGCUCAACUAGUUAUGUAUGAACUACUGAUAUUCCUUUGAGGCAACAUAUGUGGUUUAAUUAUUGUUCUUUGUCCAUUUUGUUUCUGGUUAAAUGUUAUUUGGUUUCUAUUGCAAUGAUUUAGGUUUGGGGUAGUACUUGCAUCACGGGUAUUAAGGGUUGCCCGCUGUUUGAUGUCAAUUCAGGUCUGUUUUUGAUGUGCUUUUCUUUGGCAAAUCUGCCUUUUAGUAAUUAUGAUUCUUGUUCAUGGAACAUGAUGUGAUGUUACUGUAGCUAGUAUAAUACUUCAUUCCUUUUUUCGUUGAAAUGUUUUGACAAUGCUCACAAACUCUACUUUGACUAGCUUUUGUGAUCUAUAGUCAUGAUAAUAGUCAUGUACUCCCUCCAUCCCUAAAAGAACGACCCUUUUGGGGAGUUUUCACGGGUAUUAAGAAUUUAAAUGGGAAAUACAAGUGUAUGGAAAAGCUAAUAAAAGUGCAUUGAAAAAGUAAUUUUACAUGGGUUGCAAAAAAAUAGAGAGAGAAAGUAAUAAAAGUAUAUGGAAAAAGCAAAAUUUACAUGGGGAAGCUAAUUUUGCACAAAUAUUAUUGUAAAUUGGAAGGUAUUUUAAUGUAGAUGGGAUGAACAUUUUGGGGCUAAAAUUAGGCUAAAAGGGUCGUUCUUUUAGGGACAGAGGGAGUAGGAUUUUGUUAAAAUGAUAUCAAUUUUUUUAUAUACUUCCUCUAUUUUUUUUAUACUUGCAACACACCUUUUGUCACGCUUAUGGAUGAAGUCAUUAAACUAGGUGAACGAAUGAAUUAAGCUAUGAAAUUUAAACCGUAGCAACUUAUCCCUUUCUUCUUAUAGGUGUUUUGUAAAUUAAUUUAUCCGUUUACAUAGUCUAAUAUCUUCCUUAACAUGCGUGUCAAAGGGGUGUGUUGCAACUAAAUAAAAACGGAGUAAGUAUAUAUUUAUUCGUUGAUAAUAUUUCUGCUAUGCUCCUUUUGCUCACUUUACUCACCCUUUUUUCAAAUUCUUUCAAAUGAUUAGCUUGUUAUGUCCCUUUCUUUAUAUCGUACUCCGUUUGGUUCCUUAUGACGAUUUAUAUUAGCCAACCCCAAAUCAAAGCUUUGUUGUUGCUGUUGUAUUCGUUAAAUAAUUGGAGACAUUAAUUUUUAAACAUGUGCGUUGGAAACGUGAUAAAAGAAAUGUGUUAACUAAAAAGAGUAGUAGUAGUAACCUAAGAAAGGCUCACUAUCUUGCGGUUUAGAUUGUUUCGGCUCACUUGUUAUGGAAUUUAUGGGAUUAAGGCUUUGAUUGAUUGAUUUUUGCUAUUAGUUUCUUUGAUAUUCUGGCUGCUUGUAUAAGGGGAAUAUAUUAUACAUCUGUCCAACUAUUGAUCAUAAUUUGAACAAGUGGAUUAAACCACUUAUAUGAGUGACCUAACAGGCUUACAUCACAAGCAUACGAUUGUCAAGCGUACCCUACUUAGUAUGGAGCACUAUACUUUGGGUAUUAGCUCUAUUAUGGACUUAAGAGCUAAUAUAAUGAGUUGCCCAAGCCCUAGUCUUACUAAGAGAGAAUUAAUUCAUUGCUAAGAAUUUUCUGCUGUACUAACUCAAAGAGGCGUAUUGGAUGCUUGUUAGCAACCUGUUUUAAUAUUAGAGAUCAAACUGUCAACCUGUUUUAGGGGCAUUAAACCUUCAAAGUGCGGAAUUAGUGAAGCAUAAAUUCUUGUAGAUAAUAAAGUUUAUAUUGAGAAUUUUGCUUGAGAGGUGUUCUGGUUAUUAUUUUUUUUAUUUGAAACCAGGUUAUUAUUUAAGGAUAUAAUAGAUCUAGAAUUUCAAGUCAAAUCCUUGAUCUUUGAUUUCUAUCUGUUUUGAGAACUUGUUGAGUAAUUAUUUAUUAAGUAGGGGUUUCCCUCUGUCUUUAGUUUCUACUUCGUGGCACUAUUGAAUUCCUGGUGAUCUAGCUAUGUUUCCUGGACUUGGCAAUUUUUUUCUCUUCUUGGAACACUGCACUAUGUGUAUGAGAUCCAAGUCGGAUUGGGUCGGUAUCACUCGGACAUGGCUACUUCAGAUUUUUGGUCAUGGAAACCCUAUGUUUACAAAUAGAAGAAUCAAUUUUAUGAGAAACAAGAGUUAGAGAAUUUUGGCUUUUGGUCACCCGAGGGAAAUUCCAUGGUGGUAUUCUCAGCACUUGCCUGCCAGUGAUCAAAGAGAGUGUGGACAUGGGCGGGAAAACAGAGGAACCUGGAAAAAAAAAUCAGAUAUGCAAAGAGAUAUGGAGAAUGUGGGGGUAGAGAAGUCAUAACCUACAAUGGAGGUUGUCCACUUGAGAUGUUGAAUGCCCUUUCUUUUUCCUUUUAAGUUCGAAUUCCAGUAUUUUUUUAUUUUUUAUUUUUUUUGUUUUGUUUUGUGGUGCUGAGCAUAUUUUGCAGCUGUCACACAUCUACAUACAGGUCUAGUUGCAUGAUUGAUAGGGAUGAAAUAGCUCCUCCGUUUUCUUUUACUCUUGUCGUUUUGAUUUUUAUGUUGCCUGUCUAAUGCAAUCCCACUCAUUUAUCUGCAUAGGACUAGUGUUUGGGCAUGGAAAAGAUUUCAUUCUCAGUGAAGCUCACCUAUGGCUUUAAUUCCCUCCUGUCUGGCCUCGCCAGUUGCCAACCCAAAAAAAAAAAAAAAAAAAAAAAAAAACCACCUUGUUGAUUUAAAUUUGCUCCUACCUCGUUUAGAACAAACUUAAGGAAAAAAAAAAAAAAAAGAUACUUUGUGUGUUUGAAGUAAGGAUUGCCUUUUUUUGCUAUUUAUUGCCUGUCUAAUGCAACCCCACUCAUUUUAUUUGCUUGGAACUAGUUGUGUCUGGGGAUGGAAAAGACUUCCUCAAUCACUUUAUCUGUGAAGCUCACUAGUUCCCUCCUUUCUGGUCCACUCAAAGAAAUUGAUAGAAGAAAGAAGUAUCAGUGUCAAUUGUUAAACAAUGUUACAUUUUGUUUUUAUCCCCCUCUUACAUUUAACCCCGUAAGAAAUUGAAACAACCAAGAUUUAAUGUACAUGAUUAUUAAUUGGUCUGGAUUUAUAUGAUGGUUAGAUCUUGUGAUUGGAUUUGUACUGGGACUAUUGAGGCAUCCAAGCGCUAUUAUCAGAUUACAAGAGCAACAGGCACAAGGUUUCUUUAUGUUGAAUUUUGUUGUUUCUGUGUAGUGUGUACCCUCGUUCUAGUUAUACUUUUCUGUUGGAUAAGAUGAUAAGGUUUACUAGCUGACAUAUCUUCUGGUAUCUCCUCGUUCAAUUUUAGUUUAACAAUUUUUUUUUUUUUUUUUUAAUUCUUCUGGUAUAGGCAUGGCUGAAAAUCUGGGCAGAAUAAAUUUGGUUGUUGAUAAUCUUAAUAGCAAUUUAGCCUAGCUAGUGGUGUUCAUCAACAAUCUCCUGUUUCCUAUCUACACUUUUGACGAUUGUUUUAUUGCUGGAAGGCUUUGAAGAAUUGAAGUUAUUGCUGGAAGGCUUUGAAGAAUUGAAGGUGUCUGUCCGAAUUCAGAAUGAUUGUGACAGACUAUUGUGACAGAAAGGAGACUAGUAAGUAGCUAUACUUUGAUCUUACAGAUCAGCUGAUGGGCAAACUUAUUCUAAUCUGAACAGCUGCGCCUCAGCGCCUGUAAUCUUAUUGAUCUGAACAGCUGCGCCUGUAAUCUUAUUCUGAUCAGAACAGCAGCUUUUCAGUUAUGAAGUGGAAAAUGAAACGAAUUCGUCGAUUUUUGUUUUUAAGAUUCGGAGCAAGACAGAUUUUGGUCAAGGUUGAACAAGAAAGAGAAGCUCUGUUUAGUUUUGAUAAAAUUGUAUAUUAAGUACAAAACUCUAUCACCUUUCAAAAAAAAAAAAAAAGUACAAAACUCUAUCAUUAUUCUGUUUUGUAUCUUGUAACAUUUAUGAUUUGCUGUUUAUAUAUAAACUAAAUGGUGUUAUUCGAAUUAUAUCUUUGUAUAGUCUAAUACUAUUACAAAUAAUUUACUGUUGAAUAUAAAGCAUAUUUGCUCAGCAUAUUUGUAUUUCUUCACUACAGAGAAUCUAGCAAAUUUCACAAAACUAUUUUGAAUAGCAUCCAAUUUCCAAUCCUCCUGUCAAUCUGUAAAAACUGAUACAACUAAAAUUAUAAUACAAACCCUACAAAAUCAACAAUCUAUAAAUGUGGUAUAACCUAAUUAGUAAUAACAACAAACGUCAAAAAAAAAUAAUAAUAAAUAAAUAAAUAAAAAAAGUAACAACAAAGUAAAACCAAUAGAAUAAAAGAUAUUGACAGCAAAUUAGCAUAACACAAACGUCAGCAAUCAAAAAUACAAAACAACAAACGCUGCAACAGAGCAAUUAACUAAGAAAAGCGAUAUACUAUUAAUCUGAAAAUGUUGAUUACAAAAUUUCCUAAACCUAAUUAGCAGUAAUUACAUCAAUUAAAUUGAUCUGAAACAGUCACUAGUGCCUAAAUUUCACGACAUCAUCAUUUAUAGUUAGCUAGCUGAAUAAUCGAAACGACAAAGCGGGCAUGUUCGUUUCCUCUGGAACCACCUUCGUAUGCAACUCUCGUGAAAGCCAUGGUUGCAACUCAAAACACACUUAAGAGCAUGUUUGGUAUGGGCUUUUUAUGGGGUUAGUAACGGAAUCGGGUUACCGUUUCCGUUAGAAGAUGUUUGGUUAAAGAGUUAAGUAAUAGAAACCGUUUCCUUCCUCUAACCCAUUCCAUUACUUUGUUUCCACUGUAAAACUUGGGGAAACAAAUCCAGUUUCUUUCCUCUAUCUAUUCUCUCUCCUCUCAUACAACAGAUCUCCCCACAAUCCUCAACUUUGAUCGAUCGAAGCCACAAAUUCGCUGAAGAAUUCUAAAUUUCGUACUUCAAAUUUCCAGAAAUCAACAAACUCAAGACUCAUAAGAAAGCUAAGGGGUUGUAUGGAGUUCCAUUCGUUCAUUAUGAAACUCUAGCAGAAAUAUAUGCAAAAGACAAAGCUACCGGAGAUGUAAGUGAGUCAUUCGUUGAUGCCAUAGAAGGUAUUGAUCAAGAGAUUGAUAAGCAACCAUUGAUUGUCGAGAGUGAUGAAGAAGAUGAUGUGAAUUCUACUAAUUCGGACACUUAUUCUUCUACAAGUCAAUCCGGAAAACGCCCCGUGAAGAUAGAGGAUGAUCAUAUAACUCCUUCAAAAAUGGCAAAACGCUCUAUAAAGGCAAAGGAGGUUAAGGUGAAAGGAAAGAACAAGGUAAAUUUGAAGAGUUUGUGUAGGAAUGAUGAUGAUGAUUUGGUGGCCUCUCUCCAUGAUGUUUCCAACAAUUUUGGGAAGAUAUUUGAAAAUAUCAAUGUUAAUCUCGGGACUAUGGCUAGUGCAUGGUCUAAAGCGGAAGAAAGGGAGCAAAGGAUGGAUGAAAAGGUGAACAAGGUAUUGGAUGAGGUGAUGAAGUUAGAUGGCAUUUCUCCAUCCGAAGCUUUAGAGGUUGCUACUAUUCUCAUGGUGGAAGAACAUAAGCUUCGUAUCUUCUAUCAAGCACCAUUUAACAUGAAAAAACAAUAUGCAAUUGAUCUUCUUAAGAAGAAGUAGCAUUUGAUUGUUGUCAUGUCUUUGUUUUUUUGUUGAACAUUUGCAACUUGAGCAAUACAAGUUAUGUGUUGGGAUUAUUCAUAUAAUGAUGGACAUAUUAUUAGUCAAUGUUUGGAU